AUGAACAUCUGUAACAACAUUCAACUUAUCAUCCGGCUCAUUCUCUUGGCAUAUCUCUGCGCCGCGAACACCAUCGAACUCUACGUUGUCAAAAAACACCGUAAUAUCGCAGUUCCGCUCUUGGUGAACAUCGUUUGCUCCCUCUACCUCCUGUUCGCCGAAGUGAUCAUGUCUCGUCCUCAACGCAGUCAGCGCACCGUGCGCCACGUGGAAGACUCCACGAUCGUAAAUUCCGAGGGCCGAGUUAGGCGCGGCGGCGUGAUAAUAACUGAAUCUUCGGGCUCGGUAAACACUACACUAUUUUUGAUGCGUGAGACGCGAGUCAUCCAGACUUAG